AUGUCUUCCUCCCCUGCGCCUUCACCAGCAGAUCCUGCAAACAAUACCUCAUCUCCAGAACUCACACCAUCCGAACGAGCUGCUCUUAUGCACUGGUCUCUGUACGGUCAAGGUCAUGAUUCCGAUCUACAACGCCUAAAACCACGCACCGCGCCCCCAACGCGCCAGAAGCCCAUCUCCAAACCUGUGUCCGCACCAUGGAACGUCCCUCUGUCCCCGGCACAGAUGGCUAAUCUCAGACGGGGAUUUUCGCCUCAAGAAAUGGAAGAUAAGUGGUUUAUUUAUUCGAGGGAUGGGGAUGAUGACCAGGCCGGUAGUGAUGGGGGAAUUGGAACGGGUGUCGGGGAGGACAGUGAUGAGGAUGUGGAGGAGGACUCAGGAACAGAGUCGAGUUCUGAGAAGAAGGAAGAGGGUGGGACUUCUGGAGGUUUACCCGAAGGUUCUCACAAGCAGAGUACCGGCCCCGAGAUAAUGCGCCUCUUCAUGGUCCGUAGCUGGACAGGUAACCUUGUCUAUAUCAUACGGAUUCUGGUCUUACGAGAGGAGAGUCGAUCCGGAGGAAAGAAAGAAGAGGGGGAUAUGGAGGGCAGGAUUCUAGGCAUUGUGUGGGAGACUGACGAGGAGCGUGUUAGAGGACAGAGCGAGAGUGUGGCGAAGGAGAGUGCAAGGGAAGUGUGUAGGUGGAUUUUGGGUGUUCAACUGUUGCCUGAUGUGCCUGCGCCGAGGCGGGGAAAGGUUCAAAGAGGAGGAUCCGAGACAGAGAAUUCCCAGUGA